CUCUCUUCUUCCUCUCAACAGGUGGCCGACAUAAAGAGGGUGAACAACCUGAUUCAGGAACAGGAUAUGUUUGCAUUGAAAUCAAUCAAAAUCCCUGUGAAGAAACACAGCUUAUUGACUAACACAGAACACAGUACCUCAAAUUCAUCCACACCACAGGACAGACCUACAGCCAGCUUAUCUGGUAGGCCACAUUUACAGGAAUACACUGACUUCCUCAAGGAAGUGGAUCAUGACAUCGAGAGACUGAUUCAAACCACAGAUGCACAGAAUGGGGUCUUUUUAGAGGCCGCAGGGCGGCCACAAAAUUUGGGCUACAGAGGCCAGCGCUUGACCAGCUAUGGAGCAGACUGGGGCAUCCAGUGGUGGAACGCUGUGGUGGCCAUGCUCCUGAUAGGCAUUAUCCUGCCUGUCUUUUAUGUUGUUUAUAUCAAAACACAAGACACUGGAGUGCCUGCUGCUGUAGCGACCUCAAACAGCUCAGGGACAGGCCUCAGCACAGAAAGCCCUAGGAACACUUUUAGCAGCCAGGAAAAUGUCCCUCAGUCUGAACGAACCAAACACAUAGUUCAGGGAAAGAAUGUCUAUGGACUUCAUGCUUAACGUCACUUUAAGAACCAAACCAGUGUUCUGCUUAAAGGUCAUCAAAGAAGUGUUGUGUAACAUUUCUUUACAAAAGAUUGAAGUUGUAGUAUGGAUUUCUGUAAGUGUUUUAUCACAGACAUUGGACUUCAUGGUUUCAGAUGUGUGCCUUAUUAGAUGUCUGACUUAUCCAGUCAACGGUUCUUUCUUCUUUGUGCUAAUUAUUUUGAAAACAUUUUAACACGUUUGCUGUGUAACAACCUUACAACUGCAAUUGAAUAUUGAUAUUCAGUUUCGGACUUGCUUAAACAUUCUGAACUGAUUGUAAAAUAUCUGUGUGUUUGUUAGUCUUCAUGUCCAAAUGUAGUGCAAUUUUAUAGAGAUGUUUGUUUUCUUUGCGAGGC